AGAGUGGCGCUCCCCAUUUGGUACCGCAUGCUCACUAUGAGCUGCUGGCUCUGGCCAUGGCUGCCACUGCUGCAGCUCGAUGUGCCCGGCGGCUCCCUGCCCUUCCGUCACAUGAGCCAGUCUCUCACAUGGCGACUGGCUUUCUGCAAAGCAGAGAGGAAGGGGACCUCUGCCCCUUCUGCCCAGGAGAGAUGGGUCUGCUAA